GAGAAGGCGGGAAGACUCAGAUUCGGCCUGGACUCUAAUUCCCACAAUGCCUCGCAGGCAGUCCGUGCUACUCGCUUAGUGUGAGAAGAGCUCAUUGGCGAAAGGACCGGGGCCCCGGCAGGCCUAUCAGCUGUCCUCUCAUUGUGCGGUGGCAGCAACCGACGCACACACAUUAAACAGAGAUCGGUCCUGCCUCGGCUUCCUCGAGGGCUGUGCAGUGGUGUUCUUGUUCCGCCUCUUGCUGCUAUCUUAGCUCUGAGGCGCUGGCUGCUGCUUUGUGUGCCUGUGGACAGAGCAGAGGAAGAGCCAUGAAUCUAGGGGACGGUUUAAAGCUUGAAACUGAAAUACUGGAUGGAAAAACUAGACUAAUAUUGGCUCCUUCUGUGGGUAAAUCCAAAUCAAGUGUAAAGGUGUCCAAUAAAAAUAAAAUCUUAAAACAUACACUGGGAACAAAACAGAAUGGGAAUGUUUUGAAAUCAGUGCAGACUAUCUGUGAAAAGAAUGAAUGUUUAAUGAAACACAGAAGUGGAUCAAGUCUUUUAGCAACAAUAAGUAGGAAAAACCAUGAAAUUCUGACGCCAACUAAGGAGUCCAGCCAGAAGGACCAUGCUUUUAUCAUCCACAACAACAGUACGACUGCAAAGCCUCAUAUCUGCACCACCAGAGUGUCUGUUAAAAAGCCUUUGGUCUCCAAUAAGAAGUCCCCAAAACCUUCCAUUUCUGUUGAAGAUCUAAGGGAGAGUUUGGUAUGUCUAACACAACAGCAGCUUGAACAGAUCUUAAUGGCUGUAAAAGGAGGAACCAAAGGAAUCUCACAGUGUCAGGAUGUAAAGGGAGAAGAAACAAUUCAGAACAAUCUAGGUACGAAUCCUCCUGCUGAUCAAGUUUCAGAAGAAGAAAACAUAAUGGGAUUACUUCAGAAAACUGGUGAAACUGUAUUUGUCCGAAAUGAAAAUAGUUUAAGAAACAAAGUAGCAUUGAAGCAUGCCGAACAGAUCAUUAUCACGAACUCAUGGAAACCAGCUGACAUGUUUAGUACUCUGGGUGAAAGGGAACGAGAUAAACACCUGUUGGAUGCUAAGAAAUCCCAAUGGAAGAAGGAACUAGAUGAGCAGAUAGCUUUGAAGAAAAAACUUAAAGAAAAUUUAGCAUCAGAGUCAAAAUGUUACCCGUGGCAGAAAGCAAAUGCAGUUAAAAACUGCUCAGAAAAAGGACAGAUGGCUAAUCAGGUUCAGAUGCCAUUUUCAGAGGAUGUAAGUGCUGCAAGAGAAGAUAGCCACAUUUGUGGAAGUUCAGCCACUGAGACUAGUGAACCUUCACCCAGUAUUUCAAGUGGCCAAACUGGACAAUUCUCUAGUUUCAGUUCUCCAGACUUGCCAGCUGCCAUUCGAUCAUCAUUUGUGUUGGGGGAAGCAACUCCAGUAGAGCAUCCUUUCAGUGCUAUAAAACAUGAACAACAACAAAAGUGGCUUGAAGAACUUGAUAAACAAAAAGAAGCUGCAAAACUACGGAAAAAAGAAGAAAAAUGUGAUUUAUCAAAGGCUGAAGAGGACAAUGCAUGGACAAUGCAUUUUGAUUCUUUUAAGAAUCAUGCUCACUCUUCCUCACAAUACCCUUUAAAUACAACCUAUAAAAAGCCAACUGAAACUUUACAUUUUUCUCCUGAGCCUCAAGACUCAGUUAUUUUUACACCUACAGAAGUGGAAAGUUCAGGAAAACAGGUUGGGAGUCAUACUUCAGAGUCAAGUCAGAAAGGCAGCUUCCUUCGUUCAAUGACUGCCCUUUUGGAUCCUGCUCAAAUUGAGGAAAGAGAGAGGCGGCGGCAGAAGCAGAUAGAACACCAGAAAGCCAUAAUGGCUCAAGUAGAGGAAAAACGAAUGAAGAAGCAACUUGAAGAGGAGCAGAGGAAGCGAGAAGAGCAAGAAGAAGAAUGCCGGCUUGCAAGAGAACAAGAAUUGAUGAAAAAACAGUUUGAAGAAGAUUUGCUCAGACAAAAGCAAAAAGAGGAGAUCAUGACUCUUAAAACAAAUGAACUGUAUCAGUCAAUGCAACGAGCGCAAGAGUUAGCCCAGAGAUUGAAACAAGAACAGCGUAUUAAAGAAUUGGCUCAGAAAGGACAUGAUAUUUCCAAAUUGCAAAAGAAUCUGGGUGGUAGUGAAACACUGCAUGAGAGUUACAGUGCUAACCUGAAUGGCUUUCCAGAUGAUCACAGUUCUGCAGAGAAUACCAAAAUGGUAAACCAAGAUGGCAAAGCUGUCCUCUCUCCUCGGAAGGACACUGCUGUGCAGACAGAUAGCAUUAAUACUGAGCAAACUAGGAGUGGAAGAGUGGACUGUAUGUCUCCAGAUGUUUCUAUAGAAUAUAAAGUGGACUCUAAUGGCAAAAAAUGUAAGAAAGAGCCACAAUACUCAGAUAAAAAGAAAAUUUCAGAAAAAGAGAAUAUUGUCAGCUAUAGCAGUUUAAAUGAACUGACUGCUCAAAAGCCAAAACAUACCAAACCACUGGGAAGGAAUGAGAAAAGGCCAGACUGGAACAUAAACAAACCUUGCAAAAGGUUUGUUCCAGCAUCAGAAAGAUAUCCAAGAUGUCUUCAAAAACAAAGAGAAGAAAAGAAAGCAAGGCGGCAAAUGGAACUGCUCCAACUGGUUGAAAGAAAUAGCCCUGGCAAUCUUUGUUCAAAGAAAAGCAUUUCUCCAGAUCCAUCUCCCUCACCUCAUCAUGAAGAUAAGGUGAAUGCAGUAAGAAAGGAAGAACCAUCUCCAAAAAAUAAUUUGAUUGAACCAAGAUCCGACUCACCACCUGUUCCAGCAAUUAAAAGCAGGUUACAAACACCAAUGAAGGUUUCUGAUUUUUCAUCUAAUAAUACCAAUUAUGUGAAAGAGAAGAGUAUACAUAAAGAUAAGCAUCAAAGUGAAAGACCUGCUCCAAGUGCUGAAAUGGAAAGGCCACCAUCAGCAUACUUUGUUCCCUAUGUGCGAACAAAUGAAGUGUAUUACCUGGAUCCAGAUGCACCCAUGACUAGACCUUCGACACAUGAUCUGCAAUACCAACAGCUGAACGAUUCUUACCAUACUCCACGGCAGAUUUUUAGUUCCGAUCAUGUAAGGGAUGCAAUUUUUAAUCCCAAUGUGGUGAGAGACAGGCAGCAGGCCAUACUGAAAGGACUCUCAGAAUUACGACAGGGCCUCCUCCAGAAGCAGAAAGAAUUGGAGACAUGUCUUAUCCCAAGCUUUAUAAGCCAGGAAGAGAACUUUAUUUCACCAUUUUAAAAAUUCCAGGAUUGAUACAUGAACAUGUUGUUGUGUUGCACUUUAUAGUACUUACUACUGUAAUUAUAACCCAUACCUGUCUGACAGUAUGGAAUUUUGUUCAAGGAUGCUUGAAUGACUGCAUUUUGUAUAUUUAAGGUACAUUUCCAGCAACAAGGAAUUCAUAUGAAAGGAAACAGCACUGUAGUAGGUGGUUUUGUUUACAUGGAAUAUUUGUACAAUUAACUUAUGUGUGUUCUUGGCAUGAGGAAUAAAUUGGGUAUUUUAA